UCGGCUGCGAUGUCACUUUUGGCGCCGAAUAUUCCAACUGUUUUGUCAUCCUGCAGCGCGGGACUUCGCGUUUUCGUACGUGGAUGCCCGACCCGUGCCGCCGGUGAACUCUUAGACCCAGUUCGUUAUCGGGGUGAAGGGAGAGUUUGAGGACAACAUGCAGCGGAGCAUCGCAUCCUUCUUUCAGCCCAAGAGCAAAGACAAGGAUUUUCAGAAGAAAACCACAGAUGAACCAGUGAAAAAACCAGUUAAGAGCCCUCUCAAGGUGCAGAACGGUGUCCCGGAGGCAGAUUCACCCAUCAAGAAGGUCGCCAAGCGCAGCCGUCAAAUCCUGGACAGCGACGACGACGACGAGGCACCAGCUGUUAAAGAGCAAGUCGCCACCAAGGGACAAGGAGAGAAAGAAGCCCCCGUUAAAACAGAAAAGGACGAUGUGUUUAAGGCAGUUCCCACCCCCCUGUCUCCACCGCCAGCCCCAGCCACCCCUCUAACACCCGCCACUCCGGCCACCCCGGCCUCUUCAACUUCACCAGGGACCCCCAGCACCCCGAACUCCGUCACUCCGCCUGGAAUCGUUAAACGCAAGACUGCGAGGAAGAUGUUCCCCAAGAGGAAGCUUGAUGAGAGCAGGAGCGACAGCGAGAGUCACAAAGAGGAGGCCGAGGCCAAGGAGGAGGAGGGUCGGCAAAAUAAACGUCCCCGUGUUGAGACCACUGCCAGCAGUGCAGGGAACACCAGUGAACCCAUGGAGCAAGGAGCAAAGGAAGAAAAAGUUGAAAAGGCUGUGCCAGGCCGACCCAGCCCUAUGGAUGAGGUGGAGCAAGAAGAAAGAGAAGGAGAAAUGGCCAAGCAGGAGGGAGGCGGGUGGAAGAAGAACUCUGAUGAGAGAGAAAAGAUGAAGGAAGCGAGGAAAAAAGAAAAAGAAGCAAAGGAGAAGACAGAUGAUGAGAGAGGCCCUGCCGUUGCCAAGGAGGAGGUGGUUGAAAAGGACACGCGAGAGGGAAAAGAGAGCCCGAAAAGUCAAACGGCGAAAAAGCAGAAAGAAGCAAAAGAGCAGAGAGAUAAGGAGCCGGCCAAGAAAGCCCCCAUCAGCAGUUUCUUUGCUCCCAGAAAAGCUGCAGUGAAGACAGAGAAACCAGACAAGAAUGAAGGAGAGAAAAAGACACAUGCAGAGAGGAAGAGUUCGGCGGAGGAGAUUAAAGGCACAAAGGGCGAGUCAGCUUCAGGAGCGACAGACUACGAUCCGUCCAGGCCAGGCUAUCAUCCGGUGGACCACGCCUGUUGGAAGCAGGGCCAGAAAGUGCCGUACCUGGCGGUGGCUCGCACCUUUGAGAAGAUCGAAGAGGACUCUGGCAGGCUGAGAAACAUCGAGACGCUGUCGAACCUGCUUCGCUCUGUGCUGCUGCUCUCUCCAGAUGACCUGCUGUGCUGUGUGUACCUGUGUUUGAACCAGCUGGGUCCUGCCUACCUGGGGAUGGAGCUUGGCGUUGGAGACACGGUGCUGAUGAAAGCUGUUGCUCAAGCAACUGGGCGACAAUUGGACAAAAUCAAAGCAGAGGCGCAGGAGAAAGGAGAUUUGGGCCUAGUGGCCGAGAGUUCCCGUAGCAACCAGCGCAUGAUGUUCCAACCAGCCAGUCUGACAGCAGGGGGCGUGUUCAGGAAAUUGAAGGAAAUUGCCAGCAUGAGUGGAAACUCGGCCAUGAAUAAGAAAAUCGACAUCAUCAAAGGCCUCUUUGUGGCGUGCCGCUUUUCCGAAGCCCGCUACAUAGUCAGGUCCCUUGCUGGGAAGCUGCGGAUAGGCCUGGCCGAGCAGAGUGUCCUAUCAGCACUCAGCCAGGCUGUGUGCUUGACCCCACCUGGACAAGGUUUCCCUCCUGCUGUGAUCGACGCAGGGAAGGGGAUGAGCGCUGAGAGCAGGCGGGCCUGGAUCGAAGAGAAGAGUCUCAUUCUCAAACAGACUUACUGCGAGAUGCCCAAUUACGACAUCCUUAUCCCUGUUCUGCAGAAAGAGGGCAUAGACCAGCUACCCAAUCACUGCAAGCUCACUCCAGGUGUACCGCUGAGACCCAUGUUGGCUCACCCCACAAAAGGUGUCGGCGAGGUGAUGAAGAAGUUUGACGAGGCGGCGUUCACCUGCGAGUACAAGUACGACGGCGAGCGUGCGCAGAUUCACAUUCUGGACAGCGGUGAGGUUCGAAUAUUCAGCCGCAACCAGGAAGACAACACCAGCAAGUACCCCGAUAUCAUCUCUCGCAUUCCCAAGGUGAAGAAGGACUCGGUGGUAUCCUGCGUCCUGGACUCGGAGGCUGUUGCCUGGGACCGGGAGAAGAAACAGAUCCAGCCCUUCCAGGUCCUUACCACCCGUAAGAGAAAGGACGUGGAUGCCACGGAGAUCAAAGUGCAAGUGUGUCUGUACGCCUUUGACCUUCUCUACCUCAAUGGCGAGUCCCUGGUGCGACAGCCGUUGUGUCGGCGUCGGGCUCUGCUGAAAGAAAGCUUCUCAGAAGUGGAGGGAGAGUUUGUGUUUGCCCGAUACAUCGACUCCGACAACACCGACACCAUCGCCGAGUUCCUGGAGCAGUCUGUCCGAGAUUCCUGCGAGGGCCUGAUGGUGAAGACUCUGGAGAAGGAUGCCACCUAUGAAAUUGCCAAACGCUCUCAUAACUGGCUCAAGCUGAAGAAGGACUACCUAGACGGGGUGGGUGACACAGUGGACCUGUGUGUGAUCGGCGCCUACCUGGGGAAAGGCAAGAGGACGGGCACCUAUGGAGGCUUCCUGCUGGCGUGCUAUGAUGAUGAGAACGAGGAGUUCCAGUCCGUCUGCAAGAUCGGGACAGGCUUCAAGGAUGAAGAUCUGGAGCAGCAUUACAAGUUCUUAAAGGACCACAUUCUGCCCAAGCCACGUGCCUACUACCGCGCCGACCCGUCGGCAGAGCCCGACGUGUGGCUCGACGCUGUGCAAGUUUGGGAAGUGAAGUGCGCUGACCUGUCGCUGUCGCCCAUCUACAAGGCCGCCAUGGGAAUGGUGGAUCCAGAGAAGGGCAUUUCUCUGCGGUUCCCCCGCUUCCUUCGGAUCAGAGACGACAAAAAACCAGAGGACGCCACGACCGGAGCUCAGAUUGCGGAUUUGUACAAGAAGCAGCAGCAGAUUCAGAAUCAGGGGGAGAAAGCUGACCAAGAGGACUACUACUGAUCAUCUGUAGUCAUCAGCGGGGAAUAAUAAAUAACGGCAAUUUCAAUGUAAUUGUAAAUAGCUUCUUUCUUUUUGUAAUGUUUAAUGAAAAUAAAGGCUCUCGCCAGUUUUAAGAA